UACAGUGCUGUGCAGCUGUCGAGCGACGGUCGAUCGAACGGUGUGUUUGUCCUCUCUCGUUGGGAAAAGGAGGCGAAGGCAGUUUGUGCCCAGGAUAAUAAAAAACGGUUUUCCGGGAAUAAGUCAAGGCGCGUUGAGUUGAGCGUGCGAUGUGUAUGUGAUUUAUGCGUGGCGAGAGAGUAAUGAAAUGCGUGGAUAGUUAUCGUGCGGGGUUGCAGCGCUGUAGGCCUAUCGACGCGGUGGUCUCCUAAUUAUGAAUACGUCUCACUGGACCCUGUCAACAGUGCCAUAAACUGCGCUCUUUUUUGGCGGUUGUUGUUGGUGAUUUAGUGCAGAGAUAAGUUUUUUUUUUGUCGAGGAUUACGCGAGGUGAAGAGUGUAGAGAAGGAGGCGAAUUGGGAGUGAGAAUACCCAAAGGACUACGGGGCAGUGCGGCGCGUUGAAGUGAACUGUGCGGCACGUGCUUUUUAUAACGUGGAAAUCAGGUGCUGAGGCAUUAGCAUUACAAAGGAGGAGCAGUUUGGCUACUCGUGCGAAGGAUGUUAUACAAAUUCGACAUUUCACAGGCCAUUUAAGCUGUGAGUGGUGGGUGGGUGUGAUUUCAGUGCAGGGUCGUGAAAAAUCGUGAAUGAUUAUCACAUGAUAGUGGUGGUCAGUGGUCAGCAUUAUCCCACGAGUUGAACAUGUCGGAAUAAAUUUAUGGAUUAAUUCCGACAGAGACGACAUUUUAAUUAAGGCUGAGUUGGACUCGGUACAGGUCGGUUUCGGAACGACCCACAAGGGACUAAUUCUCGGUGUAUCAUCUACCCUCCGGAAAGCAGAGCAUCGAAAGGGCACCAACAAGACGGAAAAAUUGAAGGAAAGCCGCUCAUUUUUCUUCCUCAACGUCGACGUCGUCUCCAACGACGACGUAGACGUGCAGCUUAAGUGAGUGGAAAAACGCUUUGGGUCAGGGAGAUUGCUGGCAUCCUUGGUGGAGCCACAGAGUAAAAAAAAAAUAGAACCUGACUGAGUGAAGCUGAUAAUUGAGUUUUGCUCUCGCGUAGACCGGAAAUUUGUGAACACAGCAAUUUAGACGAAAUAUUUGCACUGCCCUACUCGAAUGCAAACACAGCGCAGCGUUUUCACACACCCACGCUCCAUCGAGGGAGGUGCAAAAAAAAAUCCCAGUGAUAGUGAAGUGAGAAAACCGAUUUUCCCCCACGGAAGAGAAAUCAAUUACCAAAUAUUUUUUGAAAACCGAUUUCCCAUCAAAACUUCUCCCUCUACAACUACGAAAAUAAACCAUACCGAGUAAGUGUGAGGCAAAGCAAAUAAACAUCACCUAGCUGAAGAGAGCGAAUCGAAUACAUGUGAAAAAAUAAAGUGAAACCGGGGGUAAAAAGUGCACCGGAAAUUGGUUCUAGUAAUUGAAUUUGUCUGUUGCUAGAAGGGAAAAAAAAUCCAGCGGACAUGUUCCCAAGCGAUUGUGUUGAAAGUUGAGCCAGAUUUCAAAUAUAGAUGUUUUUCCGGGUGGCAAGUAUAGCAGUCAUAGUGCGUGAUUUAGUGCGACUCACCCAGACAGCAUUCCGACUAAAUCGACUGGAAAAAUACCUGAAAGAUUUAUAGCUGGAUAACGAAAUCCCCCACCAACCAGCCGGCCUGCAGUGGGGUGGAAAAAUUUUUCACUGCGUCCCACCGAAGGGUAUCACAAUUGGAAAAAAGCGCCAGCUUCAAUUACCCCGCAGAAGCCAGAUGCGGUGCCGCAAUCUGGCUCUCAAAUCCUAGGUGUGCGGGAUCCAAGAAAUGCUGCUGCUGCUUCUGCUGUUGGAGUGGUCGGAAUCAGUGCUCCCACCCCGGUACCGGGUAUAACAACAAAACUGGAAUAAUAAUUAAAUUUCGUCUGUUUUUCUGUGUUGCGGAGAUUCCGGUGCAGAGCAGCUCAUAUGUGUGGUAUCAUCAUCUCGAGCAGCAGCAGUAGUGGAACAUCCGGACUAGCAGCAGUACUAGCACCGGCAACAAGAACAAGGAUAUCCGAUCCAGCGGAGCCAACGCUUUCCCCCAUCCGCUGUGGAGCCACGACAAUGCCGACGAUGACGACGGAGGAAACGAAGAAAAGGCUAAAAAUGAGGAAAAAUAUGAGAUCGAUGACGUGUUUCGUGAUAUUUCUGCUAGUUUUCAUCAUGAAUUAUGGAUUAUGCAGCGGGCGCCCGGAGCCGUACAUCUCGACCAUGGACAUCGACGGACCGACGGUGGCACCAAAAUUUAUGACCCGGGGCCACCUGUACAAGGCCAUCAUCGGCGACUCGAUCGAGCUGCCGUGCAAAGUGAAAGACCUCGGUUCCUACGUGCUGCUGUGGCGCCGGGGCACAUCGGUCCUGACGGCGGCGAGCCUAAUGGUGACACGUGAUCCCCGCUUCAAGCUGGUCGAGGGCUACAACUUGCAGAUAGCGAACGUGAAAAUUCAGGACGCCGGCGAUUAUAUUUGCCAGAUCGGCGAUAACGAGAGCCGAGACCAGGUGCACACGCUGGAAAUUCUCGUGCCUCCGACGAUACGAGUGGUGCCCCAGAACCGACAAAUCACAGCCCGGAAGGGUAGCACCGUGACGCUCGAGUGCAAAGCUUCGGGAAAUCCGGUGCCCGCCAUCUAUUGGCAUAAAAAGGAUUCAUUCGCUGGUGCAUCACAUCUGUCGGAGAGUCCGUCGCUGAUACUGGAACGUGUCGAUCGGCACCACGCCGGAAUUUACCAGUGCACGGCGGACAACGGCGUCCGGGAAGCGAUGCACGCCGACAUGGAAGUAACGGUGCUCUCUCCGCCGGACAUCACAGUGGAGAAAACCUGGGUGCACGCGAGCGAAGGCUUCGACAUCGAUCUGAUGUGCACGGUGCACGGCGAUGUGAACUCCGAGAUGCUGUGGUAUCAGAACUCCUUCCUGUUGGACCCCACCGAUCGCCGGUCCAUGUUCUCCAAGGGCGACAAGUACACGCUGAACAUUCGCAACUUUCAGCAGUCCGACUUUGGUAACUACAGCUGCGUGGCAGACAACGCCCUCGGUCGAACGAAAAAGUACAUCGAAGUGUCGGGCCGACCCGGUCCGGCUAACUUCCUCUCGCCGGCCUACAGCAACCAUCUCGAUCGCUACAAUCUCACCUAUACGAUCGAAUCGAUACCACCGCUGGACGAGAUAAAGCUACUGUACCGGAAGCUAAUGAUGAACGAAACAUAUCAACAUCCGGGCAGCUGGGAGGACACGAUUCUAGUGCCAACAUUAACCCGCUCCGAUCCGACGCAUUUUAUUAUGUCACAUGUGAUAAAAGGAUUAUCGCCUAACUCGGUCUACGAGGUGAUGAUUCAGGCGCGGAACGCCCAUGGCUGGAAUGAGAUCAGCGACAUCCAUCAGUUCUACACGCGCAACUACGAGGUGCGGAUGGACGAACUGGAAUUCGUGAUGAGUUCGAUCUCCAACAGCGGUGCCAUCCGGUUGCUGGUUGCGGGCGGUUCGACGGUCAUAAUUAAUUUACUCGCAAUUAUCGCUGCCUUGGCCGGGCGGCUGGCGGCGCAUUAAUUAUUUAACCGAUGAUCCGCUAGAACGCGCACACGCCGCUCCGUCCGGAAAUCGCCGAUUGUCUUGCUCCACAGGCCGCACCCGCACCGCAAUAGUGUGGCCGGAGGCAGUUUUCUGGCACGGGAAAUGGAAGCGAGGUAAGUCAUCGAA